UUAUUUCCCACCACCUUAAAGAAUAAACGUGGUACUGCUAUGGCGGACGCUGCUCCUGCCGGUGGACGUGGAGGAUUCCGAGGUGGAUUUGGUGGUGGCGGUAGAGGAGGCCGGGGUCGUGGACGUGGCAGAGGUCGCGGCAGGGGCCGUGGACGUGGCAAGGAAGAGAAGGAAUGGGUUCCUGUGACCAAACUGGGGAGACUUGUGAAAGAUGGUAAAAUCAAGUCAUUAGAAGAGAUUUAUUUAUUCUCACUGCCUAUUAAGGAAUGUGAAAUCAUUGAUUUCUUCCUUGGAAGUAAUUUGAAAGAUGAUGUCAUGAAGAUUAUGCCUGUCCAGAAACAAACUAGAGCUGGUCAACGCACAAGAUUUAAGGCUAUUGUAGCCAUGGGAGACCAUAAUGGCCAUGUUGGUCUGGGUGUUAAGUGUUCCAAAGAAGUAGCUACAGCUAUUAGAGGAGCCAUCAUGCUUGCUAAGCUGACCAUUAUUCCAGUCCGACGAGGUUACUGGGGAAAUAAAAUUGGUUCGCCCCAUACAGUACCUUGCAAGGUUACUGGUAAAUGUGGCAGUGUUGUCAUGAGGCUUAUUCCUGCUCCCAGAGGUACUGGUAUUGUAUCUGCACCAGUCCCUAAAAAAUUGUUAACUAUGGCAGGUAUUGAAGACUGUUAUACUUCAGCUAGAGGAUCAACAGCAACACUAGGAAACUUUGCUAAAGCAACUUACUUGGCUAUUCAGAAGACCUAUAGCUACCUGACACCUGAUUUGUGGAAAGAUCAACCCCUUGUUAAGUCUCCAUAUCAAGAAUAUUCUGAUUACUUGAUGGUGAAUCACAGGACUCUUGGGGCAUCUGCACGUCAAGAACAUGUUGUCGCGUGAUGUUUUUAUAAAUAAAAACUGAAGUAAAAA